AUGUGGACGUCGGCGCUAAAGACACAUCAGCACUUGCGCACCAUCUGCCGUUUGAAUGGUUUGGUGAGCGUUGGUACGCCUCUCGCCGCACAGCCCACAAACAGUGGGGCGUGCGUGGAAGCCCAGUGCUGCGUGGUGACAGACGAAGACGAUGGUGCUUCUUAUGAUGAGGCACCUGAUGCGUCGCCGCAUCCCAAUGCGGGGCCUGUGGGUGGUGUGGGUGUGGCGUUGAAGCGUCAGCGUGCCAGUGAGAUGAGUACAGAUAGCGGGGACGCGCCACUCUUUCGUCACGCCAUCUCUGCGUGCAGUGAAGUGGCAGCGAAACGGUUGUGUGCGGGAAAUGAAGCAGAGCCUGGCCCACCGCCACUGGAGGUUGUUGAGCCCGAUAUAAUCAUAGUGGAGGAGGAGGAAGAAGAAGACGGCGACGACAACGACAUUGAUAAUGACAUCGUGAAGGAUAUCACGAGAACGCUGGGUGACGAGGCAUCACCAAUCGCCAGCGCACCGCUUCUGGCAAGUGAGACGUCUGCGCCCGAGCACAUCCGAUUCAGCGAAUCCCUGCCACAAGAGGUGGUCGGCCUAUCAGCGGAGCAGCAGACUGUCUUUGACCUUGUAGUGAGGCGUGGCCGCUCUGUGUUCCUCACGGGUGGCGCCGGCACGGGCAAAUCGCAUCUGCUUCGAGCCAUCAUCGAAGCACUGCCAAGGCAGACAACAUUCGUGACGGCUACGACGGGAAUAGCGGCAUUGAAUCUUGGCGGCAGGACGCUCCACAGCUUUGCUGGCUGCGGCAUUGUGGAUCGUCACCGUCAUACACCCCAGGAUGUGUUCAAUACGGUUCGGGGCAAAAAGACCGCCAAGAAGAAUUGGCGAACCUGCAGGGUACUGGUGGUAGAUGAAGUUUCUAUGAUGGAUGGGUGGUUUCUGAGUGUGCUGGAGUAUGUUGCACGAAUGAUUCGGGGUAGUUUCGCUCCAUUUGGCGGCAUCCAGGUCGUGUUCGCCGGCGACUUUUUGCAGCUCCCACCGGUAUCGAAGGCGAACCGGCAAGGUGGCCGCCAGGAGGCGACCCUCGCCUUCGAGGCAGCUGCGUGGCGCCGCAUCAAUCCGCGCGUGUGCGUCCUGUCGCAGCGUUUUCGACAGAAGGAUGAAGUCUUCUUUGGGAUACUGAACGAAAUGCGCAGUGGUGCGCUGACGGCUACAUCCAUUGCGAUGCUGACUUCGCUCUCCAGUGCAACAACCGUAGCCCUUCUAAGGGAUGACGAAGUGACCCAUGGAAAUGAUGACAAAACAGUCGCACUAGAGGGUGUGGAAGCGUUGAGCAGUGAUAUCGUGGUGGACAGUCGAGGUCGCACGAAGCAGGAGCGGUACGAGGGCUUCACUAUUCUUCGGGCGCUCCACAAGGAGGUGGAGGCGGUGAAUAUUGAGUGCUUUAACAAGUUGACGACGGAGAUUGUGUCGUACAAAGGCUAUCACACCGGUGAGGGGAGGUUUCCAGCAGAAUUGCCCGCUGUUGUUUCGGUGCGUGCUGGUUGUAGGGUGAUGCUGCUCAAAAACCUGGACGUUUCGCAGGGUCUUGUGAAUGGAAGUGUUGGCACCCUCGUGAGGUUCGUUGACGUACGGAAGGUAAACGACUUGGCGCAUAAUACGACCCUGUACGAUCUCACCUGCUUGGGGGCUCACAGGCUCCUGCCUGUCGUGCGUUUCGACAUGUAUGGCCGUGGCGUGAGCAACGGUGCAACUUCCCGUCUUGUGAUAAUUGAGCCGCAUAGGUGGACUGUGAACCAGGGGGACAGGGAAAUAAGCUGCAGCGUUCAGAUACCACUGCAACUUGCAUACGCCAUCACAAUACAUAAAUCACAGGGUAUGUCGCUUUCGCAUGUCAACGUGGACUUCAAUGGCAUCUUUGAAGAUGGCCAGGCGUAUGUGGCGCUCUCACGCUGUACAGACAUGGAUAACCUUGUCAUUGAGAAUUUUGACGCGUCCUGCGUUAAUCCGAAUCCCAAGGCAUUGGCAUACUAUAAAGCAUUGGAGGAGGGAGUAGCAGCCGUAGCAAAGGAGGAGGACGAAGCCCUGCGGAACUCAAACACCAACCUCUACCCGUGGGGAUUGCACGAUCCGCUUGAAGGCAGCAAUGAUGAUGAUAGCGACGGUGAAAAGGUCGUGAAUAAUGGGGCGUCUGUUGUGGAAGGUAUUCGUCUACGCAUCAUGGAAUCGUGUGAGCAAUGGCUCGAGAUGAAGAAGGAUGUUGUAUCUGCUGCAGAGCGUGCAACAUCCGUUCACGGGGCGCUGUUGGUGAUGGACAUAACUUCACUGCUUGUCCUUGGGGGAUCCGCCGACUCCACCGCGCUGUACGGGACGGUAUUCCUUAAGCACCAGAACAUGAUGCGAGUGCCACGGGUGGUGAAGGAGGAACUUCUGCGCACUGCCUCACCCGGUGAGGUGGAAGUGCGGUCCACACCAACGGUGCGCCUCAGUUUCGGCAGCGCACACACAAAUUCACCAGUCGCUGCGGCUGGCAACCUCCACGACGCAGCGGAGGUUGCGGCUGCCACGCUGUGUGUAAUGGAAGACGCAAAGAGAGACUUCGUACUGGAUGAGCAGCGCAGUGGGGAGUCCCGCCCGCUCCCGCCAGCCCUGCCACAAAAGAAAAAGAAGUUGUACACGCAUCUUCUUUCUAAACCGGCUGUCGAUCCGACAGGAGACUUCGCAAAUCAAUAUGAAAGUGGCACAAGUGUCGAGGCAUUGCAUCUUUCCUUGCUAGAGUUCGCCUCCUACCUGCUUGAACAGUAUAGUGCGCAUCGGGCAGUGGUAGUGUGCACGGAGUCCAUUGAGUUGGCGGCGCGUUCAAUGGCCGUCGGCGUGCGAGUGUGCUCCAUGGCGUACCUUUGCCAUUCUGGGCGGCACUGA